CCAGUCUGCAAUGCCCGUGGUGGCCCUCCUCCUCAUAUACCUCCUCGUCGCUCGUCUUCAUCCUAAGAUAGGAGUUCAACUUGCUUUCCCAUUGGUUCUCUUCCAGACAGCUGGAGGAGGAGAGAGAAAAGUUUCUGUAGAGAAGGGGUACGCACCACUCUGCAAAGAUGGCACCGGCUCUGAGGCUGCUGCUAGCAUUUCUGGCGAUUGGAUCCUGCAUCGCCGCUGACAACAUCGACUUGUGGCCGAUGCCCAAGACGGUGUCCCAUGGAACACAGAAGCUCUACAUCAAGAAAGAUAUCACAAUGUCAAUGGUGGGAAGCACCUAUUCUGACGAGAAAUCAAUCCUGAAGGAUGCCUUCCAGAGGAUGGUUGAUUUGAUCACACUGAACCACGCCAUCGAUGGAAUAAACCCAAGUUCUUUGGUUCUCACCUGUGUUAAUAUAGUUGUCCAUACACCUGAAGAUGAGCUCAAGUUUGGGGCAGAUGAGUCAUAUAACUUGACUGUUCCAACUACAGGAGAUCCACUGUAUGCACAAAUUGAGGCUCAAACCGUUUUUGGAGCACUUCAUGGCUUACAGACAUUUGGUCAGUUGUGUUACUUUGAUUUCACAUCACGACUCAUUGGACUCAAUUCAGCUCCUUGGAUAAUUACUGACACACCAAGAUUUCCUUACCGGGGCCUGCUUAUUGAUACUGCAAGGCACUACCUACCUGUUAAGAUAAUCAAAGGAGUGAUUGAUGCAAUGACCUACAGUAAAUUGAAUGUUCUCCAUUGGCACAUCGUGGACGAGCAAUCCUUUCCCAUUGAAAUACCUUCAUACCCCAAACUGUGGAAUGGUUCAUACUCUUAUUCAGAGAGAUAUACAAUGUCCGAUGCAACUGACAUUGUACGGUAUGCUGAAAGGCGAGGUGUAAAUGUGUUGGCUGAGAUUGAUGUUCCUGGCCAUGCCCGUUCAUGGGGCGUUGGCUACCCAUCAUUGUGGCCAUCAGAUAGCUGCAGAGAACCACUUGAUGUCAGUAAAAACUUUACAUUCGAAGUCAUUGAUGGCAUUCUUUCAGAUUUUAGCAAGGUUUUUAAGUUCAAAUUUGCCCACUUAGGCGGUGAUGAAGUAAACACAAGCUGCUGGACCAAAACACCACACAUUGAAGGAUGGUUGAAUAAUAACCAUAUGAAUGUAUCAGAUGCAUACAGAGAUUUCGUAUUAAAAUCUCAAAAGCUAGCAAUAUCACAUGGCUAUGAUAUCAUUAACUGGGAAGAAACAUUUAACAAUUUUGGAGACAAACUGGAUCGUAAAACCGUGGUGCAUAACUGGCUUGGAGAAGAUGUAGCACCAAAAGUUGUUGCUGCAGGGCUCAGAUGCAUAGUAAGCAACCAGGAUAAAUGGUACCUGGAUCACUUGGAUGCCUCAUGGGAAGGAUUUUACAUGAACGAACCCCUGAAAGGUAUAGAUGACACAAAACAGCAACAAUUGGUUAUUGGAGGUGAAGUAUGCAUGUGGGGCGAGGAAAUUGAUGCAUCAGACAUUGAACAAACAAUUUGGCCACGUGCUGCAGCAGCUGCAGAGAGACUGUGGACCCCGAUUGAGAAGCUUGCAAAUGACACAAGAUUAGUCACAUCAAGAUUGGCACGCUUCAGGUGUUUACUGAACCAAAGAGGAGUAGCUGCUGCACCACUAGCUGGUUAUGGUCGUGCAUCACCAGCAGAACCUGGUCCCUGUGUAAGGCAAUAGAAUAUCCAUAACAAAAGGGAAACAGAUAUUCACAGAGGAAAACCAGUCAUUCCAUGACGGAAAAGGAUUCACUUUUACCCCCGAUUAUAUGUUCAGCAUAGUGUACGUCAGAUAGGUGGUCUUUGUUUGUGUAGAAUGCUUAUGUCUUUUUUUUUCCUCGUCUUCAACCCCAAUUUUCUUCCACAAUAACUUGGAUGGCUAUGAGGUCUACAUAGUAUGGUAAUGAAAUGAUAACAGGUCCUGACAGAGUUCA